AUGUUUGCUAAAAUAUUUCUACUCACAUUCGUUGUAUCGACCAUUACCUGCCAGGAAUACAAAUAUAAAAUAAAACCGAUCAUUCAUCAUGAACAACCUAAGGAAUACAGGUAUUAUCAAACGGAACGUGUUCCUUACUACCCUCAGGAACCUGCACCAAUUCAUGAAGAUGAAAAUCAAGCUCAACCUGAAAACCAGUACCGUCAUGAAAACGGACAUGCGAUAUCAACACAAAGCAUAAUUCAUCAACAGCCUCAGUCUAGCCAAGAGUCCCAAGAAACCUACACGGAAUUUACACCGGAAUCCGUGAACUAUAAGCAAUAUUUCCAAAGCCAGAAAUACUUUAAUCAUCAGCCUGCUCAGCAUCAACCAACAGUCCAAGCCUUACACUACCCAGGAAGUCUUCAACGGCUUCAUGCUUAUCAAGCACCAGUACGCCAGGAACCCCAGACUCAUUACAUUCCAUCUCCUCAUUACGCACCAAAAAUACAUCAGUCUCCAGUGUACCACAAAGCUGAAGCCCAAAGUCACGAUUCGCACGAAGACCUCGUAGAUUAUUAUGCUUACCCGAAAUACCAGUACGAAUACAAAGUUGAAGACCCUCACACCGGAGACAACAAAUUCCAGCAUGAAAUUCGUGAUGGCGAUAACGUUAAAGGUGUAUACUCGUUGCAAGAAGCCGAUGGUUCUAUCAGAACUGUUGAAUAUAGCUCCGACAAACACCACGGAUUCAGUGCUGUAGUUAAGCAUUCGGCGCCUGGCCGUCACGCUCAGAUCGAAAGUCAUGAAAAUUAA